GUCACAUGAGAGGACCGAUUCAACACGCGCUUUUCCGAAGCAGGAGGGAGAAAAAUAAAAAUAAAAAAAUAAAAAAAAAAAACUAAAACACCCCCACUGCAACUUUCGGCGUUUCUUUUGGUCCCUCCCUCUCGGCCUGGCCCCGUACCGGUGCUCCCCGCCGCAGGGGCGGUGUCGGGCCCGGCGCGGAGCCCACAGCCAGGCCGCACCGCCAUGAGCGCGGCCGGCCGCUGCCCCGGGCUGCUGCUGCUGCUGGUGCUCGUGAUGGCCGCCUGGGGACUGCGCUUCCCGCAGCGGCACUGGCCGGUGCCUUACAGGCGCUUUGAUUACCGUCCAAAAACUGAUCCUUACUGCCAGGCUCGUUACACUUUCUGUCCCACUGGCUCUGCUGUUCCGGUUAUGAAAGAAGAAGACGUCAUUGAAGUCUAUCGAUUACAGGCUCCAGUAUGGGAAUUCAAAUAUGGGGAUCUACUUGGACAUUUGAAAAUUAUGCAUGAUGCUGUGGGCUUCAAGAGUGCUUUAACUGGCAAAAACUACACAAUGGAGUGGUAUGAGCUCUUUCAGCUUGGGAACUGCACAUUUCCACAUCUCCGGCCUGGAAUGGAUGCACCAUUCUGGUGUAACCAGGGAGCUGCUUGCUUUUAUGAAGGAAUAGAUGAUGCACACUGGAAGGAAAAUGGAACUUUGGUUCUUGUGACCACAAUAUCAGGAGCCAUGUUUAAUGAAAUGGCAAAAUGGGUAAAGUAUGACAACGAGACUGGCAUUUACUAUGAGACCUGGACAGUUCAAGCAAGCCCUGACAAAAAAUCCAUAGUAUGGUUUGACUCUUACGAAUGCUCUAAAUUUAUACUGAGAACAUACCAGAAGCUGGCUGACCUGGGAGCUGUGUUUAAUAAGAUACAAACAAACUAUACCAGCAUAAUUCUGUUCAGCGGAGAACCUAUCUAUUUGGGAAAUGAAACCUCUAUUUUUGGCCCUCAAGGAAACAAGACACUGGCAGCAGCUAUAAGAGACUUCUACUAUCCAUUCAAACCUCAUAAGACAGUCAGAGAGUUUUUUGUGGAUCUCUUAAAAAUAAUCGAUCGUGUCAUCUUGAAUCGUGAGUUUUACCUCUUUUACAACUUGGAGUACUGGUUUUUACCUAUGAAGUUCCCAUAUCUCAAAAUAAUCUACGAAGAGGUUCCUUUACCUGUUGGCAGCAAAACUUCUGUCGGUGUGUAAUUGCUUACGGAAGAACCACCUUUGUCCUUUUGCCAGAAUAUGCUGAAGGAUUUUGGAGUGCUCCUGCGAUGGUGUUAAAGUGCUGUAUGUCUCACUGCUAACUGUAAAAGCUGUUUUACAGUCACGUGAAGAAUAUGCCUUUUUUUCUUACGAGCUGCCUAAGUCCACGAAUGCUUCAGCAUCUCUGACUUGGCCGGCUUCUUUGCAGCCGUGGACAGCAGCUGGCCAAGGGCGAGCCGACGCGGCUCCAGCUCGUGGUUAAACCACAGCACCAGAGGUUGAAGUGGAGGCAACCUGCCUGCCCUGCUCUCAGGCUGUUGCCACGUAGAAAGCACCUGGCCACCAGUGGCUGCGAGACACAAGCAGUGCAAGGACCUUCUGGUCUGACCAAUCCAGCUGUGUGCUAGGGCUGAGAAAGGCGAGCGCCUGGCUCCCUCAGCUGUGCCUUAGAUCACUACGUCUCUAUUUCUUUGCUCUGUACAACUGGCACCAAAGAACUGUUUGUGGGUUUGUGAAGUGGGGUGGGAAGGGGCAGUGAAUUUAUGGUAAGAAGGCCUGGGUGGUAUCUUGUUGCCACUUUGCCUCCAUCACCUGCAUUGUAAACACAAUACAGAUGGGUCCCUUGGA